CAAACUCACAUAGAAAUAAAGGAGAAAUGGAAAUUGAACAUUUCAGCCAUAAUCAUCCUCUGGUUUUCAGGGAAGAGCGGAGCCAUGAAAGUGAUGAGAAGGCUUAUUGCAAUGGGUGUGGGGAGGUGGUGUCGGCUCCAACGUAUAGCUGCGUGGCAUGCGGGUUUCACCUUGAUGAGAUAUGCGCCAAGGCACCUUUAACGAUGGAUCAUCCCUUUCACCGCAAACACAGCCUUGAACUUUCAAGAUAUCCACAUGGUAAAUGUUGGUUUAAUUGCGGUUUCUGCAACAAAAGGUGUGACAACUUUGUUUAUGUUUGUCCUAGUACUUGUAAAUUAAAACUUCACAUCAAGUGUGCUCUGUUUAUAUAUAUCAUUGCUGAAAAGAAUUUGGGAGAGCUUCAACAUAUUGUCCGUAGAGCCCCAUUGAUCUCUACUGAAAAUCAUUCUGUAAAACUCAAAUACGCCUGUUGCUUUGUAUGUUGGACACCAUUAUUAGAUUCUCCAUGCCUUUCUUUUGAUAGCGAAUUGUGCCUGCAUAAGAAAUGUGUUGAGCUACCCUUUGAAAUCAAUCACCUUUGCCACUACCAACAUUCUCUUUUUUUACAGUUUAAUAGUGAUAGUCUCCCUUGCAAGAUAUGCCAAGAAACCCAAGUCAGGGGAUUUGUUUACUGUUGUUCAAUGUGCAAGGUUGCCCUUCACAUUGAAUGUGUGUCACCAUCACCUUUUAUUGAAGAUUGUAGUCAUGAACACUCAUUCACUAGGUGUUUAAGACGAUUUUCAUUCAUUUGUGGUGCAUGUGGCACGUCAGGAAAUUAUGCUUCUUAUAUUUGCUCGACAUGUGGCCUUCUAGUCCACAAGAACUGCAUUUCAUUACUGCCCAUAAUCAAAAGCAUAUGGCAUCACCAUCCUAUUUUCCACCACUAUUUUGUUGUAGAAAAUGAGUGUGGAAUAUUAGAAUGUGGAAUUUGUCAUGAGGAGGUGAACAAAGAGUAUGGGAGUUACUAUUGUGUUGAGUGUAAGUUUAUUGUCCAUGUGAAAUGUGUUCUAGAGGAUACUAAUUAUUAUUAUGAAAUUGAGUCAAAAGAUGUUUAUGAGAAGCUCAAUGAAAAUCCAACGCUGGUGGAUCCAUCCUUUCUUGUCAUUAAAGAGAUCAAACUUGGAGAAAAUGUGACACAUACAGAGAUAAAACAUUUCAGUCAUGAACACAAUUUAGUGUUAUAUGAUGAACUAAGGGAUGACAAAUGCUGUGAUUGUUGUAGUCUACUCAUCGAGAGUUCUUUUUAUCAUUGUUCAGAAUGUGAUUUUUGUCUCCAUAAAUCAUGCGCUGCGUUACCCAGGAAGAAGCCAUAUCGGCCUUUUCCUGAGAUUUCCCUUAUGCUUACUCCAAAUUGCUUUUUCAUUUGUGGAGUCUGUGGGUCCAAUCGUACUGGUUUUGCCUACAAAGCCAUCAGAGUAUCUUUGACCACGUAUGUUUGCCUUCAGUGUGGUGAACUUCCUUUUUCCUGCACUAGUCAAGGACACAAGGAGCACCUCCUUUCCUUUUACCUCAAGUAUAAUGGGCAGUGCAAUGCUUGUGGUGGCAGUAUUGAUGAUGAGGCAGCAUACAGAUGCAAGGGUUGCAAUUUUAAUUUGCAUUUUACAUGUACUCGGCUACCACAAACAGCUAGGCACAAAUGUGAUGAACAUCAUCUCACGCUCACAUACCAUGAAGAUAAUGAUUGUUUAGAACAUCAUUAUUGUGACAUUUGUGAAGAAAGAAGAAACCCCAACAUCUGGUUUUAUCACUGUACAAUUUGUGACAAGUCAGCUCAUCUCAAAUGUGUUCUUGGAAAUUGCCCAUUGAUCAAGCUCGGGAGAAGGAUCUUCACAGAAACAAAUCAUCUACACUCUCUUGUUUUUGUGAAAAAGCUUUAUCUUUACCCUGAAUGUUGUAAAUGUGGUCAGCCCUGCUCCGAUCUGGCUCUUGAGUGUGCAGAAUGCAACUAUAUUAUCCAUUGGAGUUGUAGCCAAAAAGACUCAGACUUUAUUGAAUUGGCACAGUAAAUAUUGUUGCUCUGAUGGCCAUCAGAGAAAGAGGUUGCUGAUGAUCGCAACCAAAAAUGCGAUUUCUUCAGCGGGUUGUUUUUAAACUAUUCAUACUUCUUUAUCAUUUGAAAUUUCCAAAAUGUUUGAAUAAAGUCACUCCAUGAUCUUAAUCAUGUGAUGUUGAAGAUCUUUUUUUUUUCUUUCAAAUUAAAAACAAUAUGUGAUCA